CAUCGACUCGCACAUUUCGAAACAUUCAUUUCCCUACGUAAUUGCCUCUGUUUCAAAGAAGCCGAAAGCAAAGAAUCCCAUACCCCAAAAUUAACAAUCUUCGUUCGAAAUCCCUAAUUUGAAACCCUAAAUCCCCUGAAGGACAUAUUCCGAUGGGGGAAACUAGAAAACGAGGUCGGAAACCUAAGGCCCCUGCAUCUACCACCGAAACCAUGGACUUCCAAUAUACGAGUGCCUCCAACGCCACUCAAACCGACUACGUUGCCGCCCAAAACGACGUCUUUAGCGCUGCAAACGAUUCCGUACCGACCGCCGCCGCCGCCGCCAAAAAUGACGCCAACAACCCACCACCGGCAAGACGGGGCCGAGGGAGACCGAGGAAGUCUGAGGCGGGGCACAUGGAGGAUACGGAGCCGCAUGCGGCGGCGUCCCCGGAGCGGAGACCUUAUCAAAAUGGGGCAGUGGUACUGGAGCCUCCACCGCAGCCAGUGGCGAAAUGGGAGAGUGUGGCGGCAAGGGUAGUGCCAGCGAUGGAUGCAGUGGUGAAAGUUUUUUGCGUCCACACUGAGCCAAACUAUUCACUGCCAUGGCAAAGGAAAAGACAGUAUUCUUCAAGUAGUAGUGGAUUUAUAAUUGGAGGGAAAAGAGUGUUAACAAAUGCUCAUUCAGUGGAACAUUAUACUCAAGUGAAGUUAAAGAAAAGGGGGUCUGAUACCAAGUACUUGGCUACUGUCUUGGCUAUUGGGACUGAAUGUGAUAUUGCAAUGUUAACAGUUAGUGAUGAUGAGUUCUGGGAAGGUGUUUCACCUGUUGAGUUUGGAGAUUUGCCUGCACUCCAAGAUGCUGUAACUGUUGUGGGCUACCCCAUUGGAGGUGACACGAUCUCUGUUACUAGUGGUGUUGUAUCACGAAUCGAGAUACUCUCUUAUGUUCAUGGGUCAACUGAACUUUUGGGAUUACAGAUAGAUGCAGCUAUAAACUCUGGAAAUUCUGGCGGGCCUGCUUUCAAUGAUAAGGGCAACUGUGUCGGUAUCGCAUUCCAAUCUUUGAAACAUGAGGAUGCAGAAAAUAUUGGGUAUGUCAUACCUACACCGGUUAUAAUGCACUUCAUUCAGGAUUACGAAAAGAAUGGGGCGUAUACUGGCUUCCCAAUCCUUGGAGUUGAGUGGCAAAAGAUGGAAAAUCCUGAUUUGCGCCUGGCAAUGGGGAUGAAAUCAGAUCAAAAGGGGGUCCGUAUUAGGAGAAUUGAGCCCACUGCUCCAGAAUCUCAUCUUCUGAAGCCAUCUGAUGUUAUACUUCGUUUUGAUGGGGUAAAAGUUGCUAAUGAUGGAACAGUUCCAUUCAGGCAUGGGGAGCGCAUAGGCUUCAGCUAUCUUGUUUCUCAGAAGUAUACUGGGGAUACUGCACUAGUUAAAGUUCUCCGUGAUUCGAAGAUACUUGAAUUUGAUAUAAAACUUGCGACUCACAAGAGGCUCAUCCCAGCGCACACCAGUGCGAAACCUCCUUCUUAUUACAUUAUUGCUGGAUUUGUUUUUACUGCUGUAACUGUUCCAUACUUGCGUUCUGAGUAUGGGAAGGAUUAUGAAUUUGAUGCACCUGUCAAGCUAUUGGAUAAGCAUCUACAUGCAAUGGCCGAGUCUACAGAUGAACAGCUUGUUGUUAUUUCACAGGUGCUUGUGGCUGACAUCAAUAUUGGAUAUGAGGAUAUUGUCAAUACUCAGGUUCUUGCUUUCAAUGGAAAACCCGUGAAGAAUCUAAAGAGCUUAGCCAAUAUGGUUGAUAACUGCAAUGAUGAAUAUUUGAGAUUUGACCUGGAAUAUCAGCAGAUAGUAGUGCUACAUGCCAAGGCUGCAAAAGCUGCAACUUUAGAUAUUCUAACUACACAUUGUAUAUCUUCUGCAAUGUCUGAUGAUCUCAAGACUUGAACUAAGGUUGGAGGGAAACACUAGACAAUAGUCUAUGUGGGUCCUAUUUUUGCAUAUGCCGUAUACCAAACAUGAUUGAGUUUUGCAUUUGUGGGUGUAGUUAUGGUUUUUUAUCUGGAAGAUAGAUUGCAGGUCUUGAUUCUAGUUUAUAUUGGAAGGAGGUUUAGAGAUGUUCUUUUUAACUAGAAUGGUUCAGGAAAGCAUUUUGUACCAUUUUCUUGCUCAUCUUAUUUUUCACCUUUCUUAACUAAUUCUAGAACCAUGAGUAAUCAAGUAGCGGUAUUACAUAUACGAUAUUCGAAUUAUACCAAACUAUUCAUGUACCCAAUUUUAUUUUUCUUAAUAUGCACUUGUCUAAACUUUAAAUUCCAA